GGCGGCGGCGGGGGCUGUCGGGCCGGCCGUCGCGGGGACCUCGCGCCUGGGCCGGGGCUGGAGCGCCCCGCUGGCCUCCGUGAGACCCGGCGGCUCCUCCGAGGCUGGGGAGGCUGCAGGAGCGGCCUCGGGUACCAGCCUUGCGUACAGCCCCGGUGACCUUGAACUGCUCCGGCAUUUACUGUAAAUUCUUCUUGAUGACGGGCAGAGGAAAUAACAAAAUCCUCCUCUGUUUCAUGUGGUCUUUUCUUCUGUUUGUAGCAUGGGCCUACGUGCCCGAUUCUUACCUGUGCUCGGUGCAUGGCUGGAGGUGUGGCACUGGCACAGGCUUCUUGCAGCCUGGCUGGAGCGGCCACACAGAGUUGCCUGUGUCUUAAGUACUCGUGCCUUGCAUCACGGAGGCUUACACGCUUUCUCUGAGGUUUCUGGAGCGGUUUUCAAAGGUCCACCAAUCUUCAGUGUUGUCCGCAGGUUCCCAGAGCUGGGUCAUUCUCAGCUUGGUCACAGUAACACUGAAACCAGACAGGCCGGGUAUCACCAGGUGUGUAGCUGCUCGGGCUAAAGCUUGGCUUUCUCCAUUUUGUAUUUUAUUUUAACUGAGUGGGAAUGUGCUCAUCUGUUCUUUAAGGGAGUCUGUGUUGUGCAGCAGGUUGGCAGCAUCAUCCCUAUAAUUUUUAGCUGAGAUGACCUUCCCUUCUAGACGAAGGCACGGCUUGACUUCUGGAGGUAUGAGAUAAAACAGACAACAUCUCACUCUGGUACCACUCUUGUGCAUCUCUGGCAAAGCCAGUCCCAGGCUUAAGGGUGCUGGUAGCCCCAGGGACCUCUUCAUACCUCUGCCAACUGAACUGAGUGUCAUUUCAGUUUUGCUGCCCUGUGCAAGGUCAUGCGUGUGUGGGAACCUGUUCUGGUUCGAAGCAGGACACUUCAGAAAUGUCUGUCCAUAGUUAGAAGUGCUGUGAAGCAAUGCAGGGUCUCGAUUUUGCUCACAAGUUCCUGUUUCCAUCCCAUUCAGUCACAAAGUGUAGAUUUUGCAGCUGGUGCAGGGCAGCUGCCUCCCAAGGGAGCCUGUAUGCCGGGGUGAUUCCAGGCAUGCCUUCCAUGGUGGUGAAACGUGAAACUGCAGUCCUUCCUGUUUGUGAUGGUGGCCUCCAAGGCCGCGUGCUGACUGCCGCUGCGGGUUCCUGUUUUUCUGAUGGAGACGAUGAUGUUCCAUGAGCAGAAAUAGCAGGCUGGCGUGGGGAGAGCUGCGGCGGCGUGGCUGCGGAGCGCUGUGCCAGCAGUGCCUUCCUGCAGGGAUGGAGGACAGGCUUCGAGCCUGCUUGGUUUGUGGCACCAUUUCCUGCAGACUGCAGGGAUGCAGUGAGGUAGUUGGGUUUUUUUUCCAGUUUUGCCUUAGCUCAUACUUUUCUGCCUGUGGGAAGAGCAAGGCAGUGUCAAAGUGCAGGGCUUGUAGUUGGAGGAAGAAACAAUAACACCAUUCUCCAUCUAUUUAACUCCGGCUAUUUAACUUCAGAGCUUGACCCGCUUUGCUGGCAGCAUGAUGUUUCUGUAGCAAACACAUUGAAAGGCCUGAUCUGGUCAUGUACCCACCAGCUCUUGAACUUGCUGGACUUGUUGGAAAGGAACACUGAGAGCAGAAAAUGGUGUAGAAACUCACAGUAAUGCAUUCAUUUCUGAAAGUGGGUUCUUCUGCUGUAUAUGUGUCCCAGGCAGAGCCCAGCCAUGUGUGUGGUCAGUCACCUCAGCGGAGCCAGCAGAAAAGUAUGCCUAGGAUAAACUAAUAAAGGCGGAUGAGCUAACAAGGAAAUGGAGAGAACAAGCAAAAAGGCUAUAAACAGACCAGCUUGGCAGUGCUGGCAGACAGGGAGGUGUGUGUGACUGUGGGCAGGGGUUGUGGGAAGGAGGCUGUGCCAGAAGCCAGUGGAGUCCCAGAAGGCCUGUGCUGCAGCUGGGCAUCAGGAUCCCGGGGACACCAUGCCUCCUGCCUUGAGGCAGUCUGGUUCGAGGGCUGGGAAGCAUUUGGGGUAGAGCCAGCAGCAUGGUGGCUGCUUGUCCCAAGAGUGCAUCCUGUCCGUCUUGUCCUGCAACCAUCCCACCCUGCUCUGCUGCGUGCUGCUUGGGCUGGUGCUGCCAGGAUGCACAGGGACUUUCUCGUCAGAGACACAUUCUUUCCCCACUGGCUUUGUCUGGGCAGCCCCACAGUGUUCUGGAGCUGCUUCCUGCCCCAGAGCUCACAUCCGGCUUCCUUUGGCUGCUGGGUGUGCUGGGGACUGGAUGCGGCCCCACAGCUGAGAACAGCCUCCAGGGAGCAUGCUGCCAGCUAAAGGGAAAAAUGUUCUUCUCAUUGUUCUGGCCUGUUCCCGGAAUAGCCCUGCAGUGAGUGGGAGGGCACAGGCAGCUUGCUGCAGGAUGCUGAGGGCCAUAUCCUGGGCUGAGUGCUCGGCCACUGUGACGGUAGGUGGGCAUGCGGGUCAAACUCACGUUGCUAAAGAGAAUUAAAAUAACAAGCUGCCUAAUAGAGGCGUUUAUAGAAUCCUGUCCUUAAUUUAAUCUCCUCUUUGACUGUUUAUUUUUUCAUUUUUAAGUUAAAAGGCGCAAUAGAAGAGAAUCCAAACUUUGUUGACGCUCCUUCGGAGAAGUGCAGUGUAACUAAUCAUCUGCGUGAUUGCCCAGCCAGAGACUCCCCUCUGACCUGUGCAGAGUUCACAAAAACAUUUAUCCCAGUGUGCAGCUGACUUCUGCUGCUCCAUAUCUGCUGCAGAUGCAUCCUCAGUGCCUCCUGCACAGCAGGCAGCUGCCCAGGGCGGCUGCCUGGUGUGGCCUGGCCGUGCUGCAGUGGCCACGGCAGGUUGCUUGCCGGGCAGGAGCUCUGCCUGCCAUGCCUGUGGGCUGCAGGCACGGGGCAGAGGAGGGUGCUGGGCUCGCUGGGCACGGGCAGUGGGUGCCCUGGCUGCAGCAGGUCUGCUCGGGGCCCCACGCCCGCGCUGCGCCGCAUUACCCCGUGGACAGACGGACGGCCCCGCGCCAUAGAGGGGCUUUGUGCGCGCCGGCACAAAGUGAGGAUUGAUGCCGCGUCCCCUCCCCCUGCCCUGCGAGCACAUGGCUCCCACAAAGGUGCCCUUCUUCCUUGGCUGAGGACAGGGUGCCAGCAGGAGGGGGAGGCACCACACUGCGGGUUGGAGCGCCCACCCCUCCCGUGCUCGUGCCGGGGACCCCCUCGUCCUCAGCCUUGCCCAGGCUGAGCUGGCAGCUGCUCAGGUUCCUGCUGGGGCAGCUGGGCCUCCCUGCAGCAGGCCCCAGCGUGGAGGGACGGGGCCUGGGCAGUGCUCAGCAGCAGCCGCUUCAUCGGGGCGCGUUUGGUGGAGGGAGGCACCGCGUGAGCAGAUCUGCUUCCCCGCAGUGCCGCUGCAGCUGGGUGGGAACCUGCCAGGUGGUGUUCUUAACACGCUGGGGAAUAUCAUCACUUACCUGGAUUUCGGUUCAGAAUGGCCUAAGAGAAGCUUACGUCAGCAUUCAUUACCUCCCAGCUCCUCCCAAUGUGUAGUAAGAACUCACCGCACUGUUGAGUGACUUGAAGAAGUUUCAGAAAACGUUCAUGAAGACCAGAUUGUAAGCUCUUUGUUAAAUUCACAUUAUGUUUCUUCCAUGCUGUAUGUUUGAGGUUCUGCAUUAUUUGCGAGCCCUCUGGAUGAGCUGUGGGGUGGCACAAGCAUUGGCACAGGGUCUGUCAUAGCUGUGCCAGUGCCUCCAGCAUUCCUGCUGCAAGGUCCCGUGCUGCUCGCCCACCCUGAGCACGGAGCCUGCUGGGAGAGGAGGGGCAGCCCCUGGGGCUCAGGCUGCGCUUGCCAUCAUGCUCGAAGGUUUGAGCAGCUUUGGGAGCGAAGCAGGUUUGCUUUGCUCUGUGUGCUGGAUGCGUGUCCAGCACACCGGUGCUAAAGCAGAGCUCUCUCCUGUUUGGUUCAUCAGCAACGGUGUUUGCACCACUGCUGGUCACUAGCACCUGUUUUGGACUCCUCAAGUAGUCUGGCUGUUCAUGUGACAUUAUUAUUGUUUACUUAGGGCCCAGACUUGCUCUUUUUUAUUGUCUGCAGCACGAUGUUUGUUCAGACUGGGCAUUGUGAAGUGUAAACCCAAUUCCACUGGCACCAGUACUCACCUCUGCCUUUUCUAGAAGCAAUGGAGACCAGCCCAUGGAAGCAACAAAAUGAGUCUCAGAGGCUGCCAGCCCAAAUUUCAAACCUAUUUGGCAUUGCACAAGUAUACCCUCUUAUCAAAAGCAAAUGAAAGUGCAGAAGGAUCAGUCCAUAAUGCCUGAGGUGCGGGACCUCACGGAGGCGCUGCCCGAGCUGCCCAUGGAUCCCAUCACCGGCGUCGGCGUGCUGGCGUCCCGCAGCCGAGCGCCCACGGGAUAUGAUGUUGUUGCACAAACAGCAGAUGGCUUGGAUGCUGACCUGUGGAAAGAUGGCUUGUUUAAAUCCAAGGUCACACGGUACCUGUGCUUCACCAGAUCAUUUUCGAAAGAAAAUAGUCAUUUGGGCAACGUCUUGGUCGACAUGAAGCUCAUUGAUAUCAAGGACACUUUGCCUGUAGGCUUCAUGCCCAUCCAGGAGACCAUUGAUACACAAGAAGUAGCUUUCAGAAAGAAGAGGCUGUGCAUUAAAUUCAUCCCUCGAGAUUCUACAGAGGCAGCGAUCUGUGAUAUCCGAAUCCUGGGGAGAUCUAAGCAAGCCCCUCCUCAGUACACCUUCAUAGGGGAGCUGAACAGCAUGGGUAUCUGGUAUCGGAUGGGCAGAGUGCCGCGCAACCACGACUCCGCACAGCCUGCGGCUCCUCCCGCCCAAGCACCGGCUCCAACGCCCGCUCCCAACCUGCCAAGGCAUAUCUCGCUGACGCUGCCAGCCAGCUUUCGGGGCAAGAGUCACAGCACCCGCCUGGACCUGGAGCACCAGCACUCCAACCUGUACGCCAUCUCAGCAAUGGAUGGAGUGCCUUUUAUGAUUUCGGAGAAGUUUGCCUGCGCUCCUGAAGGGAUGCAGCCGGUUGAUCUCUUGGGCAUCACAAUCAAAACCCUUGCAGAAAUCGAAAAGGAGUACGACUACAGCUUCCGCACGGAGCAGAGCGCGGCGGCGCGCCUGCCGCCCAGCCCCACGCGCUGCCCGCCGGUGCCGCCGUCCUGAGGGGCCGCGGCCGGAGCGCGUGUGCUGCGCACUACUGAGCAGGGCACGGGAUGGAGCCGCCCCGGCCUCCUCCCGCGCCCCACCGCCACCAGCCGCUGCACCGCCCCUGCGCACGCCGCUCCACCUCGGGCAGCUGCCCUACCCUACUGCACACCCCUCUCCAGCUGAGUACAGACCGAGGACUGGGAGCCUGACGCAGCCCCUUGCUCAUCCCCACUUUGCAACCCUGCUGCAGGACAGUCACAGCAGCCAGAGCUGUAGCAAACCUCUGCAGACACAGCCAGCGGCCUGCGGAGCAUGGAGAGAUCUUAUCCCUGAAAGGAGCAGUGGAAGGCACGGCUGGGUACUGCCACACGAGCUGCCGUGGAGCUGCCUGGCUCUCGACACCUUGCAGCAGGAGGCUCCUGCAGCGCUCAGUCCGGUGCAGAACUCACCUGCAGUGAAUGCCAAGCCCUCUGCCACGGUCCGGGCACAGAAGUUCCACUGUGGCUGGGAUCAGUCUCACAUCCGCUGUGGUCACUGGAUUUGCUCUAGGCUGGGGGAGCCAAUGCCCCUGGCUCUCCCUGGGCACUGGCAGGGCAGGCAGGGUGCCCAAGGUGCACUGCGGGUCCUGAGGUGAAGCACCUUUGCUUUGCACAGGGUGUCCAUCUGUCCAUGUGGACCUAGGGCAACAAGCAUCCUGUGUUUCUGGAUGGAUGCUGGCAGCGACAGCCUGGCAGUGGCCCCUGACCCUAUGGACCUGCGGACAACCGGGAUGCCGUCACCUGCCCGUCAUUGAGGCAGUCCUCUGACAUGUUCCCGCUAGCUGCUGAAACAAAAGAGAUGUGCCUGUUUCCUGGGCAUUCUUGGGGAAGCACUGAACGCUGACGUGGCACAGGAUGAGAGUGGGAUGUGUUAAACCCUGACCUCUGCCUCCCUGUGAUCGCUGAUCGGGCUUGCUCCCAAGCCAAGCGCAAGCCUCGGAGAAGUCCUUUGCUGUAGUAAGUUAUUUACAAGUGCCCGUCUGACUCUGUGCUGCUCUUUCAAGUCUCUGCUGUAGAACAAAGAUACAUCAUGGCAGCAAAAUGGCAAUUUUGGAGUAAGAAUUAAAGCGUACAAUUUUUUGUAUUGUAAAAUACUGAUUCCCUGACCCCACUGAAACGCAAUUGCCAUGGUAACAGUAACAGUGCUGUUGCUCUCAGCCUGGGUCAUACACGUGCCCUGACCUACUUUGCACUCCCCUGGAUUGAUCUGGCAUUUGCUAGUUGCACAGAGUGGUAACUAACAGCAGUUUUUGUACUGUCAGCUAAUAUUUUUAUUUGUACAUAAGUAAAAUAAUUCUUGUCCAAAGAUUCAUUUCUGGUUUUAAGGCACCACGCUGUACUGCUGGGAUAAAGAGCACAAAAUACAUUUGGGACAAACUGAGUCCAGAUCUUUGCUUCAGCUUCUUCUGAUCAGGUAAAUAAUUUUCUGGAGCUGUGUCUGUAGAGUGGCCAUGUGGUUGGAGAACAGAGGCCAGUUUGGUUUCCAGUGUACAUUGUUUCUGGGCAAAAGAGUUAAAGCUGUGCACCAGCUCUGGAGCCCUUGGGUGACCCCCUGGAAGUGCUAGUUUACUUGGAGCUUGCACCACCAUUUUUAGUUGUUAUUUAUCCUGCAGUAAAGAAAAGCCAGACCUCACUGCCAGGCUUCACAAAGGCCAGAUUGAUGAUGCCGACAUCGACAAAUGAACAUACCAUGGCAGCUUGGUCAUUCGGCUCAGGUUCACUUCAAGUUCAAAUCCACUCUGUGCCGUAGUGCUGUGCCCAUCUCAUCCAUCUUUUGUCUUUCUAUUUUUCUGCUUGUAAUUUGUUCUGUAGUUUUCUGUGACACCCAUUUAUAGCUUCUCCUGUGGCUCAGUGGUCACGGCAGGUAGGCAGGAGCCAUCUGCAGCAGUGCGUUCCUCAUAGCCCUGGGAUGAGGGCUGACCUGCCCUGCUCACGGUGGAGGAACGAGGGCUGUGGACCAGCACAGGGCCCAGCACAGUCUGCAGAGCUCCAGGGGCAGUGCCUGCACUGGGAGAUUGAGGGGCAGCUGCCUGGAGGGCAGGGCUGCAGCGGAUGGGGCUCAGCAAGGAGCAGGUUCUGAGAGCAGCUGAGCCCCACGCUCAGUGCCACACUCCCUGGGUGUGUCUGGGAAAAUGGGUGCAGAGCUUCAAGUCCCUUAUGUAAGAGAAAAAUCUGUGCUUUAGUAUUUAUACCAGCUGCUAGGUUUGCUCAGCUUGCUCUGCAGUGACCUACAGGAAACACUGGAUACUUGAAACACUGGCAGGACACGGGGCCGGGACAGGCAUCUACAUCUUCAGGGUAUAUUUGUAUACUUCUCCCUCUCUAACACUGGGCCAGCAAAGCUGCUUCAGGACUCACCUGCAAAGAACCUUGAGAGAUGAGUUUGCUCUCCAUGGUGUGGUCCUGCAGCACGGCGCUGCGGGGACAGCCUGCGUCAAAUGCACAGACAGGACAGAUGCAGUUCCUUGGGGCAAACACAAUGAAGGUGUUUUGAACAAAAAGCUGCACCUGCUGAGAGCCAGCUGAGCUCUCAGGCCUGCUAACCACAGGCUGCAAAAUUAGGUGAUUCCAAAAGGGAGAGGGCUCAGAGCCAGUGCUUGGAAGCACAGCGAGACACAGCGCAGCGUGGUUGACUCUGUCAACUUCUCAGUCCACUGAUCAGAGGAAGCUUUUUUUAUUGCACUGCUGAAUUCCCGAGACCAGGGCUGUCAGGUCAGCAUUUCCACUGGAAGGUUUUAUUGGCUGCUCCAUAACUUUUGUACUCACGGCAGCUCAUUGCAAGGCUGGUCCUUGCAUCCUUACAGUGAGUCCUCCGUGCUGGCAUGUGCCAUGGCCAGUACCAGCAUCUCUGCACCUCCCUCCCUGUCCAAGAGGUGACUGUGGAAGACUUAGCCCAGGCAAUAAAUGUGCAGGGAGUCUGAUGUGGAUGUUGUCUGGCUGAGGAGAAGCCUUCUGGAGCAUAAGGGGAGGGGAGGAGUCAGUGGAAAGCAACAGAAGUGAAUUUGCAGAGCUUUACCAGAUGUUGUUGGCUACCUUGCCUGAAUUUGUAGAACAAAACUGGUCUCUAGGUAGUUUAAUCUUAUGGCUGAUGGAGAAGUUAGUUUGCCAAAUUAUUAUACAUCUGCAACAGAGACAGAAAAGCAGCAGCGAGGGGUUUGCUUACUGUAAAAUACGCCUUCUGAUGUGAAUUCCUGGUGACACGCUGCCUCCUGGAUUCCUCACGGCAAGAAGCUGGUCAUGUGCCAAGGUGACUCGUGGCCACCCAGGCCAGGCUGUGCUGUCUGCUGUGUUGAUCACGGAAAGGCAAGAAGUUAGUCCAGAAAGUGAUGUAGAGUGUGAAGUUUGUGAUAAAAUUCAAGUGUGAAUAGUUGUAGCAGGUGUCUUCCCUUACGGGAGCGCCUCGUAUCUGUAGUUCCAUAGGAGUAAACUGUGUCAGACUUUUCCUGUGACUGUCCCUGCGUGUCCCCACGGUGUUUGUCGGAGGUUUCCUGUGCCUCCUGUGCAGUGGGAGGUUGUUGGUAGUCUGUAGCAUUGGGCUAGUUUGGUUUCACACCCACCACUGCUCCCUUGGUGCCCUGAGCUCUCCAGACUGAACCCACGCGCUGCCGAGCCUGGAGAAUUCCUGUCAUGGGCACUGCAUGUGCCAGGUGGUGCUAGAGGCAGGGGCAUGCCUCAGGGGCCCUGGCACCUCCUCUGCUGUGGGGCUGGAGUCUCCUGGCACGAGGGGAAGCGGGAUGGAGCUGGCUGGCCGUGCUGGCCUUCACCUCCCGCUGCUCCCCAGGUGACGCUGGGUCUGUCCCCCACCCGUGCCCACGGCAGCCCGGGAGCUGUUCCUGCUCCUCCAAAGGCAGGCACGCCUCGCUGCACCCAAAUGAUUACCUCAGCCCUGGAGCCUGGCCCGGCAGCCAGGACCCCCAGCAGCAGGGACCCCCAGCAGCAGGGACCCCCAGCAGCAGGGACCCCCAACAGCAGGGCCCCCCAGCAGCAGGGACCCCCAGCAGCAGGGACCCCCAGCAGCAGGGACC